AUGACUGGAUCCCAGAUCAAGAGGGCUGUGAACUACAAUAUUGAUAGUGCAAAAUAUACCGACAAUCUUGAUUUCCAAAUUCUUAUUACCAAAGAUAGUACAGACACCAAAAAGACUCAAGAUGCUCUAAAGCGGAAAGUGGACAUCGUGAACAUACAAUACCUCCACGACUGUGAAAAACAGGGUAAACUUAUGGAGAUCGAAAAUCAGCAUCGGGCCUUAGUCAAGGGCGGGCGCGAUACAAGUGGGGGGACUAGGACGCCAAAAACGGCUAAAGAGGAAGCGGCAGCGGCGAAAAAGGCCGGGGAAGAUGCAGCGACAGCGGCAUCAUCAGCCAAGAAAGCGGAAGAGCUUGCGGCAGAGGCAGCAGUAACAGUGGAAAAGGUCAAUGAAGCAUUAACAGCAGCAGAGUGGGCGGCAGCCGCGACAGCAAAGAACACUAAAGAUAAGGCGGUGAUCAAGAAGGUGAAAGAGAAAGCGGCGGAGGUGGUGGCAGCAAGAGAAAAAGCAGUGAAGGCCAAAGAAGAAGCAGCGGCAGCAGCGGCGGCGGCAACAAAGGCUGAAGGGGAAGCAACGGCGGCGGCGGCGGCGGCGGAAAAGGACGCUGAAGAUGAUGCGGUGGUUAAAAAGGCUAGGAAUGAUAUAGCGGCGGCGGCGGCGGCGGCGAAGAAGGCUGAAGAGCUUGCGGCAGCAGCGGCGACAACGGCAAAGAAGGCUGAAAUUAAGGCCACCGCAGCGGCGGCGGCAGCGAAGAAUAUUCAGCAAACAACUAGCGAUGAUGAGAAGAAAAUAACGAAAAAUAUUAAAGAGGCAGCGUCAACAGUAUCAGAGAGUGCAAAAAGUGUGGAAGCAGCGAAAAUGGAAGCCCAGAGGAAGGCAGAAGAGGUAAAAGAAGCCGUUACUGCGAUGGAGGCGGCGAAGCUUUCAGCAACCUCAGAACCGGACCAAGCAGCCAAGGAGAAGUUCAUGGAAGCAGCAACUAAGGCAGCACAGCGGGCCGAAUCUAAAGCGAAGGAAGCCACGGAAGCCGCCAAUAAUGGUAAGGCGGCGUUCGAGAAAAUCCUCGAGAAAAUCCAAGAACUCUUACUUUAG